ACACCACGUGCCCACAGUGGAUCGUAAUGGACUGAAUCGUAAUAGUUUUAUCUCAUAAAGUCAUUCAACACUUUUAAUCGUGUAUUACAUCUAUCUGCAACCAUAGCUGCGGAAAAAUUUCAUUGCUAGUACUGAAAAAUGUCAGACUUUGAUAACGAGAGAGAACGUUGUGACAAGUGUGGAGUUGUAUUAACCCGGAACCAUAUCUGCGUGAAGUGGGCAAGGGGUCAAAAUGAGAAGAAGCCUCGUCGUAGCCGUAGUAAACGUCCUUCUCCGCGUAAAGGAGAACAACCGGAAAAUAAAUCAUCUAAGUUUAAGUCCAUUGAAACACAAACAGAUGCAGUUGCAAAUUCAUGUGUGUCUGUUGCAACGCAGACGGAUAGUACUGAUGUUGAAAGUGAAGAUGAAACAAUCAAAGAAUUUACUAAAACGAUGUAUGAACAAAUGGCGUCUCAAAGAAGGACAUUAUUAGAUUUAGAGCAACUUUGUACAAAAUUAAAAAAGCCCGGCCUAAUAUCCGUCAAUACUUUUGAUUUUAAUUCCGAUCACUAAGAGCGCUGUGGUGCAAGAUCAGUCUGAACUGAUAUGGUAGGAUAUGAUCCACAAACGAUAAGGAAACUUUAAAGCAUCUCGAAAUGUGUGAUAAAAGAUAUUCCUUGAAAGGUUUAUACAAGUUUUCCCGGUUAUCAAUCGAUGUCGCAAACAGUACUGAUUUCAGAUCUCGCGUUGAUAUAAAAUUAGAAAAAAUAACUCAGGUUGUAGUCAUUUUAUCAAUCACGCUUGACAAAAAAAAUGCACACUUGAGAAUAAAACGAUGAACGAUCGGAAAAAUUUCGAAUUUUUAUUUCAAUCGAAUGUAAAAUAUAAAAAUUGUCUCGUCGUAUAUAAAAUGAAUAAAAAAGAAAUAGAAUAGCGCGACACACGAAGCACUAGUUACCGAUCAUGAAUAACAAAAGGUGUUCAUUCAUCUUCUACUCACAAAGUCAGACACCAUCGAGGUCCAUUGUCAGGUGAACAAAAGGUAGUCAAAUUUUCCCGAAAUAUUUUCCUUCAAAUAAAAUCAUUUUCUAUUGUUCGAUUCAUCGAUUCCCAUGCAAAUGCAAUACAAAAGUAUAUUACAAAGGCUGAAUGAACGAUGUAAAAUAUUUAUUUAUUUUAUUAUACGAGUAAAACAUAACACACCUUUCGAUACACCCUAGUAAAUUAUCGGAUUUUGUGAAAUUAUAUAUUGUCAUAAAUACCAGUAAUUGUUGGAAUUAUAUUUGUUGUGUAAUACCUAGCGAGCGUUAAGUGUAUGUGAAAGAUCCUGAAAUAAAUUGAUACUAUCACCCGGUCUCA